UAAAUAUUAUGUUUGAUCCCUAAGAGCAAUUUCGCACUAAUGAUUCAGCAUAACCUUGAUACUGCGAACUUUGCACAAUACAUACAAUCGAUUGUUCCCAACCACUAUUAAAUCUAAUUAAUAAUAAUUAGUUCCAUACGUGCCCCCGCAACUUUCUUUCUAUGUACAGAACAUUUAACCGAAUAAAUGCCUCCACUUACCCACGAACCAUUAUUGAAACGGACAGUUGAAUACAACCGCCAUUAUAGUUUCGACUCUCUCAAAAUGAAGUCUGCAGCUAUCGAUUUGUCCCGACACAUUUCGUUACAAAUUGGAGCUCUCAAACUGUUCGAAAUAUGGUUUUACAUACCGUACAACAUGAAGGAUGUCCGAUUUUGGGUUCGUAUUUGGACGAGAAUAGUUUUGGGCAUCAUUGUGUUUGUAAUACCGACGGGCAGCCAACUUAUUUAUGCAGUGCGCCUGAUAAUGUCGGGCAACGCUGAAAUACAGGAGGUGGCCGGAAUCAUUAACUUGAUAUUGACCGAACUGCUGGUUUCCCUGAGGCUCUUAGAUUUGAGUUUACGCCGUCAUCGGGUUUCACAGCUCGCUGAACAAUUGAAGUGUGAAGAAUUCCAGUUCCAUUCGCCAGCGCAGAAGAGAAUAUUAGAAAAAGCUGUGGAAUCUUCUAGAAGAUUGUUUUGGAUAUUGCUCUGUAGCUGUAGUUCUGAUGUGCUUGUACACGUCGUGGUGGUGCCGGCUUUGCAUAAUUUCCAAACCCUACCUCUAAAGAUGGAUCUCGUGUACCUAGAUGUUAAUAAAGAAUCGUAUUUUAAUUAUUUAUGCGCUUAUCAGAUAUUGUACAAACCGAUGAUGCUGGCUACAUUCGCAGCGGUCCAGACAUUACCCUGGGCCACCAUGACUUGCGCAAUCAGCCAAUUGGACGUUUUAAUUUAUAACUUGGAGAACAUACAAGACCUGGUUAAGGCCACUGUGGCUGAAAAGCAGUGCACUGAAAAUGAAGCAUUUAGGGACAUUUUCAAAGGCUGCGUCCUUCACCACUGCUCCAUAAUAAAAUUUGUGAACACAAUACAAAAUGCGUUCGGCGGACAGUUAUCAGCAACGUUGUGUCUGAGUACUGGUAUUUUGGGAACAACUGCCGUACAAAUGCUUUCGAUUGAAUCUCCCUUGAAGAACUUGACGGAAGUCAUAUGGGUUCUGGCUUACUUAUCGAUUUUCAUAUGCAAUCUAUUCAUUGAUUGUUACUUCGGAAACACUAUCACUGUUAAGAGCAUGCACGUCUCAACAGUAAUAUUUUCCUGUCCCUGGAUUGAGUUGCCAACGACUCUGAAGAAGAAUCUGGUUAUCUUCAUAGCAAAGACACAAAGGCCGCUUGUCAUAACUGCGGCGAAGCUCGUCCCGGUGUCCCUGGAUACCUUUACCAAGGUUAUGAAUUGGACUUACAAGGCUUUUGCAGUCAUGAAUCAAAUGAAGAAUUAAUUGCCAUGAUCGUCCCGCUGCCGAACAAAGGCCACAACAAUUAAUUUUGUUUAUAUAACAAACCUGUUUAUGAACACGUUAACACCUCUUAUAAAUGCACUUCUAAAGCAUCCUUUACAACCGUAACGAAGCACCUAGACUAGACGUAUAAUAUGAGUGUUUAGCACAAAGUUAGUUAAUGUGCACCUGUCUGCACGGCAGACUGCAGUUAAUGUAUAUUUAACUUCUAUGGGCAGCAUUAGGAGAUAACUGUAG